CCCGCCUCGGUGGCGGCUGUGCUCACCAUGUCCCUGCCAACAAAGAGGUGUGGAAGGCCCCCGGUGUUGUCCUUCCUGGAAAAGAAAAAGAGAAAGCAAAGUCUUGAUAGAAGAAGGGGGAAAACGAGGAUUUAUGUGGGCAGUCACAUUGAGCGAUGGCUGACGCUUAAGGAGAAGUUGGAUUUCAGGAACGAUGCAGAAGUUGCAGGGUUUUUAUUGGACUUGUAUGACAGCCACGACCCAUUGUCAAAAGCCCCGCUCUGUCCCCUCCCUGAGGGUAUCAGAAGGAUCACUGUGAAGGAAGAAAGAGCUUUGUCAGGCAGCACAUCUUUAAUAGCAGCAGAUGGAACGUAUGACAACAAUGACCAGCUGCCUAAAGAAUCUGCCUGUUCUGGAGUGGGAGAUAUGAGAGUCGUGACUGUGAAGGAGGAGCGAGAGACACCCCGGGACGGCGCGUUGGCAGGGGCAGAUGACACAAGUUCACGUCAUUCACGCUCUGAUUCAUUAUCUAGAAAUGUCUUGGUGCGUAAGAGAUACUCCAGUUCUUCUGAGGGAAACGUCAGAGAGAUUUUGGAAAAGCUGUGAGGGUUCACACAGCAAAAACACUUGUUCAGUGGCUGCCUUCCCUAGCUGUGUCCAAGGUUCACGAGUGAACAAGGAAAUAGCCGGUACUUUCCACGUGUCCUCCUCAGCAGUUGGGUAUUUGCAGUAGUACAGUGUCCAGGCAAGUGCAGCUGCCUGUGCUUUACCCUUUCUCCGAAGAAAACUGUUUUGUUGUUGACUGAGUGAUGUUGCACACUGAGUGAUGUGUUAAACUAUCUAAAACUAGUGCUGUGCUCAGCGAGGCCACCCCACCAUCGGCUGCUGGUCUGUGUUACUGCAGUGUCUCCAGUAACUGAGGCAUUCCCAUUGAGAUCAGAGGAGCCUCC